UCGUGGCGAAGGUGGCCGAGGACCGGGACAGCCUGGCGAGGAUGGUCGAGGACCUGAGACAGCCGACGCCGGCGCCGGCGGAUGGCGGUGACGCGAAGGCCCAACAGGAGAAGAAGAAGAUGAGCGCGAUGGAGGAGGAGAUGAUGCGUCGAAUCCAGGCGUUCACCAAGGAGAAGGAGACCUCUUAUGAGCAGCGGGUCGCAGAGGUGAAGCGUCUUGAGUCGCAGGCGACUGCCAAGGAGCCGGCCGACAUGGACAUUGACGAGGUGGACCGCGUGUUCGGCCAGGCGCAGACCGCCCCGAGCGCCCAGCCCGCGCAGCAGCUCGCGCAGCAGCUUGCGCCGCAGCCGGCGCAGCAGCCGCCUGCGCAGCAGCAGGCGCAGGCGGCCGCCGCGCAGCAGGCGCAGGCGGCGGCGGUGCUGCAGCAGGCGGCGGCGAUGCAGCAGGCGAUGAUGGCC